ACGGGCAAGACUCAAGAACCGAGCAAGCAGCCUCUAUUUUGUUCAGUUGGGCUUCAUUCCAUCUCAAUUUCCCCGCGAUUUUCCCGCAUCUGCCUCCGUUUUGUUAUCCACCUACCAGAGCCUCGAGGCCACUAAUUUAACCAGCUUCUAACGACUACGUAGUACUACUAGUUGUAUUUGUUACGCCAAGCCGUUCCGUUUCUUUCAGUCGCAACCAUGUCGGCCGUUGCGCUCAUUCUCCGCGGAUGUCAGUUCGUCUUUACUCUCAUCUCCUUCAGCCUGCUCGCGUCGGCGGACGGCGGUCUGACGUCAUUCAGCACGGGCAAGUUCCUGCUGGCGGCUGACGUCAUCGGGUUCAUCUUCGCGUUCGUCGCCAUCGUCGUUGGCAUCGCAACGAUCGCCAGCAGCUCGCUCAAGGAUUCGCAGACGAAGAUGUCGCUCUACUUCGCCGUCGAGAGCUUCCUCAACGUGUGUCUGGUCUUCGGAGCUGCAUGCACGGGUGCUAACGUGUUUGGCGAGUCGUGCGGCUUCUUCAGCAAUGAAUACGACUCAUACAUGCCCAAAACCAACACCUGCACCUAUGCCAAGACGUCAGUCGCCUUCGCCUUUCUUGCUUCUUUUGCGUUCAUGGGCACACACUGGUACUAUGUUUUCCUGAUGAAGCGCGGCUAGUGGCGGUGCCAUCUUAACUCACACCUGCGUAUGCCAAUGCCAACAUGACCUGCGGUUGAGGGUGUUGGGUAGCUGAAACGCUGGGCUCAAUUUGUAGUCGCCUUUUACUAGAUGAUUGGGUAGAGUUUGAAGGGGUGACGACAAUGAAUGAUGCCAGAUGCUUUCGUAUAUAUUGUUUAACGAUAUGUGAUGCAGUGCUGACUUUUGUGAACUACCAUUGUAAGGAAUUUCCAUUCCUUACUGAGUCGUAUGCU